CUCACCAAAUCGAGCUGCACUGUCAAAAAAUGAGCAAAUUUGACGGUCUGUGUCGGAAGGUGCUUUUGGAAAAACGGUUGGAGGCGCUCAACUCUGGAAAAUACACGGACUGCUCGUUUUUGGUCGGAGCCGAUGGCCAGCAGCUUGAGGAGGUGCACGCGGUGAAAUCAAUCAUGAUGAUGAGCAGCGGCUUCAUGGAAGGGCUGUUUAAUAGCCCCCUUUGCCCACCCCUUCCAAUUCGCCUCAACAACGUUGAGUCACAUAUUUUCAGGCUCAUCGUUGAGUUUUUGCACCUCACGGAACUAGUUUCGCAAGUGGAGUGCACGGACGCGGUGGAAGUCGCGAUCGCCGCUGACCACUUUUUGAUCGAACCUUUGAAGCUCCAUUGCUUCGAACUUAUCAGCGCCAGAGUGUCAGUGGAUAAUGUAUGGAGCGUGUUAAACAGAGUUUUGGAAUUCAACCUCACGGACGUGGCCAGUGCGUGCAACGAGGUUUUGAUACAUAACACAAAAGAGUGCUUGGAGCAGGAGAUGUUUUUGAGCGUCUCUGCUGAAAGUGUGAAUGCUAUGCUAAGAUUGGACAGAUUGUCCACCAUAUCCGAAGACGAACUAAUCAAGUAUUGCUGGAAGUGGGCCAAAAAUCAGUCCGAUCCAAGGGAGGCGAUGAGGAGUUUACUUCCAGGACUGCGGCUUUUGUGUUUGCCUGCCACCUCCGCCGCCCUCCUGCCCGACUUCCUGACCCACGCGGAAAAAGCGGCUGUCCUUCAGUUCAGCAUCACUAAAAAAAUGUGCGAUGAUUUUCCUGCAACUAUUUGCAGACAGGCGUUUCCUCGAAUGUACAAACUGCAGGAAAUGACGCAGACCAUCAUUUCGCCGCUCCUAAUGUUGGCCAACGAGGGCGAAACUGCGAAGUUCACCACAAACUACCAAAUUUCGAACAGGAUCGUUUUGAAACCGGCGCGGGAUUUGUACCUAACCGGAUUCACGUGUCUGCCCAUAAUUCUUGAAGAGGCCAGUCCUGGCAUCGAGUUCAACGCGGCUAAAAAUAUUUUUGAGAGAAAAGGCACUAAAAUGGUCAAGUUCAGUUGCAACGUGACUCUGCGUGGCCUCGGUGGUGACCAGAACUUGAACCUUCCCGAUCUCCCCUGCGACUCCUGUUGGGAAUUUCGCUCCCCGAGUCCGCCGUUUCUCAAGAAGGGCAUCGAGUACUCGUUCACUUUGCUCUUCCGGCCGCACAGUUGCAACAGCUACACCCUGCCUAAGUACUCGGAGGUCAAUGCCGCCCUGACCGACUCUGCGCUGGAUAAAAGGGUUUUUUCAGCUUUGAACAUUGAGUGGUCUUCAGACUAUCAUGUAAGAAACACCAAUGGACUUGACGGACCGAUUUUCGUCAACGAAAUUCGCUUUGUUCUCCAUUGAUAUUGACACAAAUUCUAUAUUCUAAAUAAUUCUAAUGCGGGUUAAAAAAUAUAUUUAACAUGACAGAAACUCAAUAUUUACUCAUUUUUCGUUGGAAAUUCAAAACUCAAUCAAUUGAUAGUGAAUAAAUAAAACAGAUAAGCAGUGCCAAGAUUGAUAAACCUAGAUUUUUAAACAAAAUUAAUUUGUAAAUUAAUUAUGUAAAUGAAUAGACGUAAAUUUACUAAGUGUUAAUAAUAGAUAAUAAUAUAUUAGCAGACAUGAUGAAUAGAAAUUUUUUUCUUUACAAUAAAUAAUUGUAUUUUCCAAGAACUAAAAACUCUAUCUAUGCAACCACUUGAACUUCGACGUCAAGCAGGUUGCAUUUUUCACCCCACUGAUUCCAUUAGUUCAAAAUUUUGCAAGCGAUGACAAGCAGGGUGAAUUUAUUGCUGUCUAUCGCGAAUUUCCGCAAUCUCUGGUGCCGAUUGGCUUUGUUGCGAGAAUGCUGCUUGCGUAUGUAUAAUGUGAUGGGGUGGGCGCGGAGGCAGUCAUCGGCAGACGGCCCCCCCGCGAGCCGCAGGUAAUUGGCUUGAAACAUGAGAUCGACGCGCAGACAGCACUUGCGCUGAUAAUGAUGGUUAUUACAAUCGUUCAGCAACAACGCGAUCAAAUUUUCGUUAGCGGGCGUGCGUGAGUGCGUUUGACGUCGCGGUUAUUAGAGCAGUGAUAUUUUAUUGCCUCUGCACACAACGCAACAACAACAACAAAAACAUAUAUACCGAGCACACAACGCCCACCCCCAAGCGGGGGUGCUUUUGUGUGGAGACAACAAUGAGGAACUUCUCAUUUGUAAAUUCAUAAUGGGCCUGGAGUUUAUUUUAUUUAUUUUAAGUUUGAAAAAUGAUCACUUUUAUCAAAUCUAUAUUCUUCUUCAUGAAUUCUUUACCUCAGUUUUUUUCUUCAAAACAAAAGUUGCUGCUGGGCUUUGAGAAUGAAACAAAUUAAACCGACUACGGAGUUUAUCAAAGUAAAUUUCCUCCAAUUAAUUUGCGAGAGCUCAUGCUUGGCAACGUUCAUGGAAAAUGGCUUGUAAUUGCUUAGUGGUUGUGGCAGAUCAAAACCUUCAACUCCCGACACGCUAAUUAUAAUUAUAAUGCCGCGUUCAAAGGCGACAUUGUUUCUUCGCGCAACGUGGUGAACCCAUAAGGUAACGAGACCGGUUUUCGACCUCUCAUGAUAAUAUGGAUGUGGUUUUGAUAUUAAUGUUCUAUUCAAUUAUUCUACGCCAGCAGGGCAAGAAAAAUUGAAAAUACACAAUACAUACACACUUAAAUAAAUAACUGAAACUUAUAAACCAACAGACAAUGAGCAAUGAGGGAAAAUACGUUUGAUUGUAGAUUUAAUCAGGUGGCGCAAGCUGGGAAAUAAUAAAAUUAAUAUAAAUAUCUAAAAUACAUAACCCUGGCAAAUGUUUGAUAGUUGUCAGUUGAGAAAUUAACGGGCGGAAAACAUUUUUUUUCUAUAUUUUCCUCUCUAUUAUGUAAAUUGAUAAUUUUAUUUGAAUG